AUGGCGAAGCUUACACAGUUGUGCAUCAGAGAGAUAGUGAGGUUGCAUGGGGUACCAUCGAGCAUAGUGUCAAAUAGAGAUUUGUGGUUUAGAUCCAGAUUUUUGCAAUCUCUACAGUGUGAGCUAGGUAGCAGAUUACAUAUGAGUUUCGCAUAUCAUCCCCAUAUAAAUGGUCAGUUUAAUAGAACGAUCCAAUCACUAAAGGAUUUGUUGAGGAUAUGUGUAUUGGAUCACUUGGGAGUCUGGGAUAAGGUGUUGUCAUUGGUGGAGUUCACCUACAACAAUAGUUAUCAGUCCAGCAAAGGUAGAGUCAUUCGUUCUAGGAAGUUUUCUCUUAGGUACAUUGGUCAUUGUCAGAUCUUGAGACGAGUAGGGGCAAUGGCUUAUGAGAUAAUUAUGCCUCCUCAGCUGUCAAAUCUACAUCCAUUGUCUCAUGUCUCACAACUUAGGAAGUAUGUGCCUAACCCAUUUCAUGCGCUUAAAGUGGAGGAUGUGCAUGUUAGAGAUGACCUUUUAGUGGAAGUUCAGCCUGUCGAGAUUAUGGAGAGUCAGACGAAGCAACUUAGAGGAAAGACCAUCAAUCUAGUGAAAGUUGUCUAUGAUAGAAGGAGAGAUGACUCUACGUGGCAGUUAGAGGGAGCAAUAGAAAGUCUUAUCCUCACAUAUUCUCUAUUAAGUCUAACUUUCGAGGUGGAAAACUUUUGUUGUUAA